CCUCUGCUCUUUAAAAUCGCCCCUGGAGACUCUCUAAGCGUCCUGGGACCCGCUGGCUCUGGACCAUGUACGUCCGCAGCACAGUUGUGGGCGCCCGGCCCGGACCCUCUCUGGCAUCCCGGGACCCCGGUGUGCGGGGCGGGGAGCUGCGCCCUCUGCGAAGCCAGAAACAGGGUUUGGAGGCGGCCCCCCAGGGCCUUGCCCGGGCGAGCCUGGGGUCCCCAGACCAGAGGAGCACAGGUGCAUAUACCUUGAUAGCACCAAAUGAAACUCGGAGACAACAGAUACAAAGGAUUGCUGAGCAAGAGCUGGCCAGCCUGGAGAAGUGGAAGGAACAGAAUAGAGCCAAACCAAUUUAUCAUUUGCCAAGACAGCUGGGUGGAAGCCAGUCAGAGUUUGAAGUCAGGCAGAGGCAACAACUCCAACUGAUACAAUCUAAAUACCAGCAAAAGUUGAAAAGAGAAGAAUCUAUAAGACUCAAGAAGGAAGCUGAAGAAGCUGAGCUCCAAAAAAUGAAAGCAAUUCAGAGAGAGAAGAGCAAUAAACUAGAGGAGAAAAAGCUAAUUCAAGAAAAGCUCAGAAGAGAAGCACUUAGGAAGCAUCCCCAAUACAAAACUCCUGAGUUCUUGAGCAGACUAGACAGAGAGUUGCCGCACAGAAGUGCCAGUCCCUUUGCUCUUCAUGACCCGCAGUCAUCGACAUGGAAUAAAUUACCAGAACCUUCACGACAACCUCAUGAGGAAGAAAGAGCUAAAAUCCAUCAAUCUGAGCACAAGAGGGUAAAUAAUGCUUUUCUGGACCAAUUCCAAGGCAAAAGUCAACCAGGUGGCCUCGAGUGGUCUGGAGGCGAUUGGAAUACGAAUACUGGUAACAGCUGGGGUAUAUGAGGAAUAUUAAUUUCUACCUGGUCUUCAUCAACUGACCUUGAGAAACCUAAUGAGAUGCUUUUCCUUAACGCAAUUUAGCUCAGCCUCACUGUUUUUUACCUUCGCUUCAACUGUCUACCCACUCAGCUGAGCAGUUAGGGAUGGUCAAUUUCCCUGUCAUUAGGUAUGCGUGUUUGCAGAUGCUGAUUACUAAACUCAUUUUAUCCCUACUGCCUGAAAAAUGUUACAUUAUGUUUAUAAUUGGUUUUGCCUGUUAUUAGAAUCAUCAGAACAAUGUUAGUAAGAUGCAAAAAAGCGGGAAUCACUUGAUACUUUCAGGUUAGUGAGAAAUGCUGGCUGCCACAGGCUUAUUUCUAUAAGCAACUAUUUCUAAGCUAAUUCUCAGACCAGGUUUUGGAAAGGUUGGGGUCUUUUUAUAUUUUUAUCUCUGCUUUCUUAA